CCUUCCCCCUGCCUGGAUGCUAUUUGUUUUUGUCUUUCUUUCUUUUUCCAGCUGCCUCCAAAAAUCCUGGGGUCCCCCCUCGCCCCCAAUUUCUGCAGUUUUUGGGCUUCCUUUGUCCACCAGGACCGGGCCCCUACACCCCACUCGGGACCAGCUCAUGGGAGCGCGUCUAGUCCAGCCAGGCGGUUUCACUUUUCUGGACUCGCCCAUUGUUUUGGGAUUGUUUCGGGACCAGCUAUUCCAGAAACGGGCCCUUGGCCGGGGGUCAAAGCGUCCCUGACUCGAGAGGUUUCCGGAGCCCCUGCUCUAGACCCACGACUUUUCGGGAGCUCCGAGACGCUGGACUUUUCUAGGGGAUCCCGGCUCAGGAAUUUCUCCAGAACCAACUUUUUGCCAGGGUUGGCGAGUUUUGGAGAAUCCAGUUUUUCUAGCCGGACGGUGUUUGUCUUCGUUGAUUUGCCAGAGUCCACAUUUGUAGGGAAACCUGAUUCGCACCCCCCCCGACAAGAAACUUAUUUUUGAGAUUAUUUUUUCUAGAUUGGGAGGCAAAUCUGGGUUUGUUCCCACCCCCCUUGACUGGGGAGAAACCUGGGGUAAUUUUAUAGCUUGGGGUGAGAUCUGCAUUUAAUAUUUUUAGAUGGGAAGAAAUCUCAGUUUAAUUUUUCUGGCUCAGGAGGAAAUCCAGGUUUAAUUUUUCUGGAUCAGGGCAAAAUCUGGGUUUAUUUUUUUUCUAGAUUGGGAAGAAAUCUAGGUUUAAUUUUUCUGGAUCAGGGUAAAAUCAGGGAUUUAAUUUUUUUCUGGAUCAGGGCAAAAUCUGGGUUUAUUGUUUCUGGAUUGGGAUGUAAUCAGGGUUUAAUCUUUUCUGGAUCAGGGUGAAAACUGGGCGUAACUUUUUUCUAGAUUGUGGAUAAAUCUAGGUUUAAUUUUUCUGGAUCAGGAAGAAAUUCAGGUUUAAUUCAGGGCGGAAUCGGGUUUAUUUUUUCUGGAUUGGGGCAAAAUUUGGGUUUAUUCUUUUUGGGAUUGGGUGAAAUCUGGGCUUUACUUUUUCUAGAUUGUGGAUAAAUCUGGGUUUAAUUUUUCUGGAUCAGGGUGAUUUCUGGGUUUAAUUUUUCUGGAUCAAGGUGAUUUCUGGGUUUAUUUUUUUCUGGACCAGGGUGGUUUUGGGGUUUAAUUUUUCUGGAUCAGGGUGAAAUCUGGGUUGUUGUUUUUCUAGAUUGGGAAGAAAUGUAGGUUUAAUUUUUCUGGAUCAGGGUGAUUUCUGGGUUUAUUUUUUCUGGAUCGGGGCAAAAUCUGUUUUUUUUUUCUGGAUUGGGAUGAAAUCAGGGUUUAUUUUUUUCUAGAUUGAGGAAAAGUCUGGAUUUAUUUUUCUGAAUCAGGGUGCAAUCUGGGUUUAAUUUUUGUAGAUUGGGGCAGAGGAAACCCAGGGUUUCCUUUUUCUAGAGUUGGGGGAAUCGGGGAGUCAGACAAACUGAGGAGUGAAAACUUUCUGGACCAGGCAAAAAUGGAGCAUUAAAAGUUUCAGAGCUUAGGAGACAUUUGGGGGUUUCCAUUUUUGCCGACUGGGGGAAAAGUGAUCGUUUCCCUCUAGACUAGGGGGAAAUGGGGUGUCCAUUUUGUGCUCGACGAAAGGCGCUUGGGGGCUGAGUUUUUCCAGAUUAGGGACCUUUGGGGGGGCUGAUUCGCUUGUUAGCCUAGGGAGAAUUUCCUCUAGAUUAGAAAAAAAAAUUGUGGAGGGAGGGAGUUGAUUUUUCCACGCCAGAAAUGUAUUCAGAGGUUAAUCUUUUCCAGACUUGGUCAGUUAUUAGGACGUAAAUAUUCUUGUGGGUCGAAUUUUCCAGCUAUCUGGGGGUAGCGGAGUCCCUCCAGAGAGGGAAAUCUGGGGGAGUCAGUUGUCCCAGAUCAAGGCGGGCUGGGGCUGCCGUGUUUCUGGGCAAAGGAUUAUUUUUCUGGAGUAAAGUUUCCCCGACUGGGGAUUUACUCUCCCCCCCUCCGGUUGGUUGAUCAGGAUUUCGCGACAGCAGCUUUUCCCCUGGCCAGGAAUUCGGGACCGACCCGGCCAUGGAGCUCUGGCUGCUUUGUCUCUGGAUUUCCCUCGCUCAGGCGGUGGAGGAGACCUUGCUGAACACCUGGCUGGAGACGUCGGACCUGAAGUGGACGACGUACCCCCAAACGGACGGCCAGUGGGAGGAGCUGAGCGGGCUGGACGAGGAGCGCCAGCAUUCGGUGCGCACCUUCGAGGUGUGCGCGGUGGAGGGGCCGGGCCGGGAGGCCUGGCUGCGCAGCGGGUUCGUGCCCCGCCGGGGGGCGACCCACGUCUACGCCGAGCUGCGCUACACGGUGGUGGAGUGUUUCUCCCUCCCGCGCCCGGCCCGGGCCUGCAAGGAAACCUUCAACGUCUUCUUCUACGAGGCCGAGCGGGACCUGGCCACGGCCACCGACCCGCCCUGGCUGGAGAACCCCUGGGUCAAGGUGGACACGGUGGCGGCCGAGCACCUGACCCGCAAGCGCCCGGGGGCCGAGGCCACGGGGAAGGUCAACGUCAAGACCCUGCGGCUCGGGCCGCUGAGCAAAACCGGCUUCUACGUGGCUUUCCAGGACCAGGGCGCCUGCAUGGCCCUGCUGGGGGUCCGGCUCUACUUCAAAAAGUGCCCCGGGGCCGUGGCCCGGCUGGCCGCCUUCCCCGAGACGGUGCCCCGGGAGCUGGUGACGCCCGUGGCCGGCGCCUGCGUGGCCGGGGCCGAGCCCGAGGGGCCCGGGCCCCUCAGCAUGUACUGCCGGGAGGACGGGCGCUGGGCCGAGCACGCGCCCGCCGGCUGCGUCUGCCUGGCCGGGCACGAGGCCGCCGAGGGGAACACGCAGUGCCGAGCCUGUGUCCCUGGCACCUUCAAGGCCGCGCAGGGUGAGGGGCUCUGCCAGCCCUGCCCCCCCUACAGCCAUUCCUCAGCGCCCGGCGCCUCCAUCUGCUCCUGCCGCAACGGGUACUUCCGUGCCAGCGCCGACCCCCCCAGCUCCCCCUGCACCACGACCCCCUCGGCCCCGCGCAGCAUCGUGCCCCAGAUCAACGGCUCGGAGGUGGUGCUGGCCUGGAGCGAGCCCCUGGAGAGCGGGGGCCGGCGGGACGUGACCUACAACGUGCUCUGCUCCGAGUGCCCCGAGGGGCGGCCCUGCCAGCGCUGCGCCCGCCUGACCUUCGCCCCCAGCGCAGCGGGGCUGGCGGAGCCGGGGGUGACCGUCCAGGGCCUGCAGCCCUACGUCACCUACACCUUCGAGAUCCAGGCCGUCAACGGGGUGUCGGACCUGAGCCCCAACCCGCCCCAGGCCGAGCUGGUCAACGUCACCACCAACAAGGAUGUGCCCCCGCCCGUGGACAAGGUCCAGGGGUCUCUGUCCCCCACCGGGAUGGUUCUGAGCUGGCCGGUGCCCCACCCCCGCAGCGGGCGCAUCCUGGACUACGAGGUGAAAUACUACGAGAAGGGCGUGCCGGGCGGGGAGUCCCCCAUGUUCAUGAAGGCGUCGGAGGCCCAGGUGACGCUGCGGGAGCUGCGCCGGGGGGCGUCCUAUGGGGUGCAGGUCCGCGCCCGCUCCGAGGCCGGUUAUGGGGAGUUCGGGCCGGAGUUCCUCGUCCCCAUGCAGGGCAGUGAGGCGGGGGGCCGGGCGGAGCAGCUAGGGCUGAUCGUGGGGGCGGCCGCCGUGGGGGCCCUGCUGGUGCUGGCCGUGGUGGCAGUGGCUGUGAUCUGCGUCAGGAAACACGGGGCGGGGGGCCGCGACCCUGAAUACUCGGACAAACACGGCCAGUACCUCAUUGGGCACGGCACCAAACUCUACAUCGACCCCUUCACCUACGAGGACCCCAACGAGGCCGUGCGGGAAUUCGCCAAAGAGAUCGACGUCUCCUACGUGAAAAUCGAGGAGGUGAUCGGCGCCGGGGAGUUCGGGGAGGUGUGCCGGGGCCGGCUGAAGGUGCCCGGGAAGAAGGAGAGCUGCGUGGCCAUCAAGACGCUGAAGGGGGGGUACACGGAGCGGCAGCGCCGGGAGUUCCUCAGCGAGGCCAGCAUCAUGGGGCAGUUCGAGCACCCCAACAUCAUCCGGCUGGAGGGGGUGGUGACCAGCAGCACCCCAGUCAUGAUCCUCACCGAGUUCAUGGAGAACGGGGCGCUCGACUCCUUCCUGCGGCUGAACGAGGGGCAGUUCGCGCCCAUCCAGCUGGUGGGGAUGCUGCGGGGCAUCGCCUCGGGGAUGCGCUACCUGGCCGAGAUGAGCUACGUGCACCGGGACCUGGCCGCCCGCAACAUCCUGGUCAACUGCAACCUGGUCUGCAAAGUCUCCGACUUCGGCCUCUCCCGCUUCCUGGAGGAGAACUCCUCCGACCCCACCUACACCAGCUCCCUGGGUGGGAAGAUCCCCAUUCGCUGGACGGCCCCCGAGGCCAUCGCUUUCCGCAAGUUCACCUCGGCCAGCGACGCCUGGAGCUACGGGAUCGUCAUGUGGGAGGUGAUGUCCUUCGGGGAGCGGCCCUACUGGGACAUGUCCAACCAGGACGUGAUCAACGCCAUCGAGCAGGAUUACCGCCUGCCCCCCCCGCCCGCCUGCCCCACGGCGCUGCACCAGCUCAUGCUGGACUGCUGGCAGAAGGAGCGAAGCGCCCGGCCCCGCUUCGCCCAGCUCGUCAGCUCCCUCGACAAGCUGAUCCGCAACCCAGCCAGUCUGCGCAUCGUCUCCCGGGACGGCGCCGGGCCGUCCCACCCCCUCCUGGACCAGCGGGCCCCCCCCAGCGCCUCGUUCGGCUCCGUCAGCGACUGGCUCCAGGCCAUCGACAUGGGCUGCUACGAGGAGAAGUUCAGCACGGCCGGAUUCAGCUCCCUCGAGCUGCUCAGCCAGAUCUCCAGCGAGGACCUGCUCCGAAUCGGGGUGACCCUGGCCGGCCACCAGAAGAAGAUUCUCUCCAGCGUCCAGAACAUGCGAAUCCAGAGCAAAGCCGCCCCGUCCGGAGGGGCGGCCGGGAGCCGGUUCUGACCCGAUCCGGGACUCGAGUCCUGCCUGGUUCUCCGGAGCUGGGAACGAACCGGACCCUGGGUUACUAACGGGGCCCUGACUUCGCUGCAGGGGCAGGUCUUGAACCAGGAACUUGGGGGACCCCUGCCCCCCCAACCCCUCAGGGCCUGCACUUUGUCUAUCAGAGCAGAGAGAAUAUUGGGGGGGGGCUAUUUUUCGAUGGUUCCAAGAUGGCCGCAGGUCCCAAGAUGGCCGACAGGCCCUUCGGUCAAUUGCCAAGAUGGCCGCACUUCAGUCUCCCAAGAUGGCCGCUCUUGCUUGGGGUUCCCAAGAGGGCCGCUCUUGCUUGGUUGCCGGGCAGCCCUCAGGACCCCCUCAGGUUCCCAGGACGGCCGCCCGUUGGUGCUCAGGGGGUCUCAAGAUGGCCAACGGGCCCUUCGGUCAACUGCCAAGAUGGCCGCACUUCAGUCUCCCAAGAUGGCCGCUCUUGCUUGGGGAUCCCAAGAGGGCUGCUCUUGCUUGGUUGCCGGGUAGCCCACAGGACCCCCUCAGGUUCCCAGGACGGCCGCCCGUUGGUGCUCAGGGGGUCUCAAGAUGGCCAACGGGCCCUUCGGUCAACUGCCAAGAUGGCCGCACUUCAGUCUCCCAAGAUGGCCGCUCUUGCUUGGGGAUCCCAAGAGGGCCGCUCUUGCUUGGUUGCCUGGCAGCCCUCAAGACCCCGUCAGCUUCCCAAGGUGGCCCCCAAUUGGUGGUCAGGGGGGUCUCAAGAUGGCCACCACUGGUUGGGGAGACCAAGAUGACUGCCCUUGGGUGGUCUCCGAAGUCAGGCGACCUUUGGUGGGAAAUCCAAGAUGGCCACUGGGGAGCAAGAUGGCCACCCUUUCGCCAGAAGCCUCCUCCCUCGCAAAUAGUUGAGGGGCAGUGAUGUAAUCAGGGGGUCCCCCGGGAGGGGGAGACCCCCUCAGCAUCUACUUGAAUCUCUAGGCCCCUCCCCCACCAUUGGGGGGCUAUAAACUUGUCUCUGCCCCCCUACCCCAUGAAACCAAAGAGUGACUAUGGACAGCAGUGAUGUCAUGGCUGCCCAGUGAUGUCAGAGACCUGGGACAGCUAGGGGGGUGACGUCAUCCCCCAGUGACUGCCUUGUGAUGUCACCAGGAGCAGCUGUGAUGUCACCACAUCAGGAUCCCCAUGAUGUCAUCGUUGCAGGCCCGUGAUGUCAUCAAGCCAUGAGGUCGUCGUGGCAGGACAUGGGGGGAGUGAGGUCAUCACCUUCAUAUUGAAGGGGUAUUUAACCCAGGGGGGAGGUCAUUUCUGGCCCCCCCCCAAGCUGGAAGAGCGUGUGGGGUAUCAGACUCCCCCUCCCCCCUGAGAUGAGGUGGAUUUGGGGUGUCCCCGCCGCGGCCCCCCUAAAUAAAGUGGGAUUCACUCAG